UCAUGUUAGCUAGCUAGCUUCAGAGGGUAAAAAUUGACACGUAGCACUGUUUUGGUGGGCAGGGGUAGAUGCGUCGUAACAAACGCACAUGGAAAAGCUUUGAACCACGUAUGCUUAUUGCACAUCCUCCUGACAAAAUGUUUUUUCAUUGUUGAAAGAAUUGGCAUGAGCAGUUUAAAUGGAACGAUCGAACAUCCUGGACAGUCACGUUCGAGCCAGCUGUCAUGUGGCAUGAUGACAGUUGGGUCAAAGAUGGCGUGCUUUGACUGUUCGGCUAAGAAUCCUAGUUGGGCCAGUAUCACCUAUGGAGUGUUUCUCUGUAUAGACUGCUCAGGAACACACAGGUCAUUAGGAGUGCACUUGUCAUUCAUCAGGUCUACUGAGCUGGACUCUAACUGGUCCUGGUACCAGCUGCGAUGCAUGCAGGUGGGCGGCAAUGCCAGCGCGAAUGCCUUCUUUGCCCAGCAAGGCUGCACGUCCAAUGCCGCCAACACCAAGUACAACAGCCGAGCCGCUGCGCUCUACCGCGAGAAGAUCAAGACCUCGGCCACGCAGGCCACCAGGCGCUUCGGCACUGAGUUGUGGCUGGACAGCCAGGCCCCUCUCUCUCCAACAUCUCCCGUCAAUAAGGAGGAGGAUUUCUUCAGUAUGCACGCGCAGGCAAUCCCUGAUGACCGUAGCUCCACCCAACCUAAUAUAACAAGUUCCGCCCAGAUGAAUCUAAGCCCCACCCCAGUAGAGGAACCCUCUACAAAAGAAACCGAGAGAGACAAAAACGGUAAUACAGAGGGUCCCAGUGUUGACGUGCUAAGUAUGUCUCCUAAAGAAGCAUUAGAAUCCUCCUCUCUUCUCAAGAAGAAACCAGCUGGGGCCAAGAAAACAUUGGGCGCUAAGAAAGGUGGUCUUGGGGGUAAGAAGGUGAGCAAACAGAGUUUCUGUGACCUGGAGAAGAAAGCACAGGCGGUAGACAAACUCAAUGAGAGAGAUACAGCACCCACCACCAAGAACACCCCCCAACCAGCAGAGGAAUCCAUUGGUGCCUCCAUGAGACUGGCCUAUAAGGAUCUGGAGGCGCAGCAGAGGAGUAAUACAGAGAAGAUGAAGGGGAUGGGGGAGAAGAAGAAGGAGCAGGCUGAGAGACUGGGCAUGGGCUUUGGCAGCAGGAGUGGAGUGUCUCACUCUGUGUUAUCAGACAUGCACACUAUCCAGCAGGAGAGCCCAGUGGGGUCCAAGCAGCCCACUAAGAGCCGGAGGUACACAGAGAAGGAGGAAGAGGAGACUGACGAAGGCUCCUUUACAUCCAGGAUGUCGAUGACCAAGUUUGAUGACCCGACAGAAUCCUCUGACAAGUUCUUCUCCAAUUGGAGCGAGACGGGGGAGUCUGGCUGGAGGAAAGAGAGCAGGAAGCCAGAGCCAGACUUCUACCUGAGCACCAAGAGUUCCUCACAGGACGACAGGACUGCAGCCCGGCGGAAAGCAGACCCAGUCCCUGUCUCAGACUCAGGCGACGCCCGCAAGAAGUUUGGGGACGUCAAGGCCAUCUCAUCUGACAUGUACUUUGGCAAGCAGGAUGACUCUGAGUAUGAGGCGAAGACUCGCCUGGAGAGGUUCUCUGAAAGCAACUCCAUCAGCUCAGCUGACCUGUUUGAUGACCCAAAGAAACAGGCGGCCAGCUCAUAUCGUCUGACCAACAUGCUGCCCAGUGCUCCAGACAUGUCCCAGCUGAAGCUGGGGGUCCGCUCUGCGGCCGGGAGGUUGUCCGUCAUGGCCAGCGGAGUAGUCACGUCCCUUCAGGACCACUACAGUGCGUGAGUCCAGUGUGUGUACCUGUGUUAUGACACACACACACACAACCUGUUAGGUCCCCUGGGUAUUGGAGGCGGUGAACAUCCUUACGAGCAAUGGACAAGUUCAGCCGUGCAGAAGAGGGAGAGAGAAUUAGUGACAUUGUGUAGGCCAGAACAUAGGCUAUAGCUAUAUAUGUGUGUGUGUGUGUAUAUAGCAGCUAUUUGAAUAAAGGACGUAUUAUCUACAUUGGAGUUAUGUCGAAACAACAUCCUCUAUGAGGUAGAUGUAUGAACACUUAUUUCCGCAGCUUAUUAUUUAAUCUGUCCAGGCCUUUAGUUUUGAUAUUUACAGAUGUUUAUAUCAAUGGUAUUCAAAAUACAUUUUUGUAAUCAUCCAUUAUGGUUCUAAUUGAGGGUGACUUAGGUUUUGGGUUCCUUUUCCCCUGUGCAAUUGUUAUUGAAUCAUGUCACCUUGGUUUUUAUGGAACUAUUUGCAAUGAAGACAUCAUCUGGUAGCGUGAUAACAUGGAUUUUUCUACAUGCGAUAUGUAAAUAAUUUAGUUAAUUAAUCUGAUGGGCAUUGUUUUAAUUACAUGUCAAAUGCAGGGAGAUGUUGCAAGGUAGGACACGCAUUAAAUUUUAGGGUGCCUUCAAACCAAAAUGCCUGCGACGCGUUGUGCGUGUGCUGCACAUCUCAUCUGUUGGACAGUGUAAGUCUGCCAUUUCAUUCACUUCUACCCACCUGUACACUGCUCUCUGAAAAAAGGUGUCUGCUGUGCUUUUGAAGCAUUGUUUGCAUUGGUUUGAAAGUGCCCUUAGUCUUGGAAGUGUACUUAUGUCUGUCACUCACUUAUGUCACUUGACUGAAGGACCGAAUACUCAGUGAUUUCUUUGUGUUGUGUUGUGUAUGUAGACACUGGUAGGAUACGGUCCUGUACAGUGUAGUGUGAUCUGGUCUGCCUCUCAGCAGCCAAACAUCCAUAUUACUAUUGACUAUCAGUUCAGAUGAAUGAAGGGAGUAGUAUCUUAAUAUUUUGUCCCAGUACUCUCAAAAGGCUGUAUUUUAGACAGGCAGCACAAUUCAGAUAUUUUUUUCCUUCUCACUAAUAGGUUUAAAAAGAUUUCAACAAAACAGAAUUGGGCUGCCUGUCUAAAUGCAGGCAAAUAACCUAUUCUAUUUUCUGUGACUGCAUUAAUCUGUGAGAGGAACACAGGACACCCAUCCAAUUAUUUUACCCUUCUGUGGCUAUGAAGGAAAAGAGACAAGGAAAGGAACUCAUGCAAAAGAAAUGGGACGUGGCCCUCUGAUCAAGGACCCAUUGGCUGCCCAUCCUAGGGCCUGACUCAUUUCAACAACGGUUCUAUGUGUUUAGUGAAGGGUAACCUCUAACCCUUUGCUGAACAGAUUCAUUGUAUAUUACCUCUGUGAACUGUGUACCUUGCAGAGAAUAUUUAGGGUGUUUAGAGUUUUUAUUUUCACACUGGGUAUAUGUGGGUUAUAUUUUGGGAGUUUAGGCAUAAUGUGGUUUUGUUAUUUUGAGGGGAAUGGCUAGAAGUCUGUAACUGGAUGUUGCUAGAGUUAUUUCUGGCUCCCUAGUAUCACCUAACUUCCUGACCAUUUUAUGCACCAUAUUUUGAUCCUUACUAAUUCAAAUUCUUGAGUUGAUUUAACACGGAAGAUAAAUAUAUUUAAGAUGAAAUGUUACCCAUUUGAAUCUGGAUUUUUGUAUCGUGUGUAACUCAGUGACCAACCAGGGCUUUUGUUCAAUCUCUUUCUACUGUAAUCCAAAGAAUUAGGAUACAUGUGCACAUGCCCAAAAAAUGUAAAUUAUGGGAAGAUUUAGUUACUUUUUGUGUAUUUUUAUUCAAACCUGCAAGUAUAAAAAAAAGUGUUGCUUGAAUGUACAUCUAUAGAACAGCACCUGAAGCGAAUGUCAUUGUUUACCAACAAAUACAUCUAUGGACAUGAGUUCUUUAGAGAUUCAUUACACACUUGAUUACACAAAUGUAUCAUUGUUAGCUGCUGUGUAUAAGAAACGUUGCUUUAGAAUAAAAAAUAUACUGCA